UCUUAUGAACUGGACAAUUUUUCCCCUGGUGCAUCAUUAUCUGUUAUCUCUAGAACUAUCUUUGUCGCAAAGAUUUGUUUGUGUGCACAAAUAGCUAUUUAUUUGUUUUUCACAGCUUGAGAAGAAACUAUGAAAACUAGACGUAGCAACAGACUGGAAAUUCAACAACAGGAAGAUGAAGCCGUGCGACAUUAUAUCGAGAAAUUGAUGGAUGAUCAAAACCACUCUGCAGCCCAACCUUAUAUUGAGCAGUUCAUGGAUAAUCGGAACAACUCUGAGGCCCAAUCAUAUGAUGGUCAAUCUAAUGAGUUGAAUAGUUCUUACGUGGCACUGAGGUUCAACAUAAUGAUGAUUCAGGUAAUUCGGAGGCAAGAAAGGUCCGUGGCCGUACUUUACUGAAAGAUAUUUGGAAACUUCCUGCGGGGAAGACAGUUAAUGUGCAGUUUAAUAGUCGUAACCAAGCUGUUGGGAAAGAGGGUCGAAAGCUUGCUAGCUUUUUAGGAAUUGUUGCAAGGACUCCAGAACUAACACCUCUGCACAUUGAUGACUGGAGAAUUUUUGGCAACGAGGAAAAGAAGAAAUUGGUGAAUUUUGUGAGGAAGAAGUUCUCUAUCCCAAAACGCGCAGAAGGCUUUGUCUUAAAGUCACUAGGAAAGAAAUGGAAAGAUUACAAGUGCACUUUAAAAGGUGAAUAUAUGGCAAAAUAUAAGACUAAAGACUCUUUGCUGAAAAAUAGACUAAGUCGCAUACCGAGGGAUCAAUGGAGUGGUCUUGUCUCUUAUUGGUUUUCUGAUAAAGCUAAGAGGCGUACCCAAGCAAAUAGAAACAAUAGGACCAAGCAAAAAAUGCCUCACACAGGAGGAUCCAAAAGUAUUGCUACCUUGAUGGAUGAGAAGGCUGAGAAUGGGAUAGAGCCUACCCGAGCACAAGUAUUUAUAUUAACUCACAAGAAACGUAAGGAUGGUAGACCACUGGAUGAGGAUUCUGCCAAGACAAUUGACAUGAUAAAUGAAAGGAUAAGCAAUAGUGAGAGACCUACUGACCGACCUCCUCAGAGUGUUGCUUGGGAAGGGGAUGUGUAUUCGCAAGUGUUGGGAAAUGAAAAAAGUGGGUAUGUCCGUGGUUUAGGACUUGGUCCAACUCCUUCUGUUCUAUGGGGUAGUAGAUCUUCCUUAGGAAAUGUUGUUGCAGAGGAUUCAUCUAAUGAGGAUGUACAAAGGUUACAACAUGAGAUAACUGAGCUAAAGGCGAAACAAAAUGAAGAAAUGAAUCUGAUGAAACAAAAUCAGGAGAAGAUGCAAUCAGAACUGCUCCAGAUGAGACAAUUGAUACGCGCUCGUAAUGAAUCUAUGCCUCAAAAUAGCAAUGGCACCUCAAGUGAACAGGUCCCUGAUGCCAAUAGUGGCCAUGAACAAGUACCACAAAUAUCAAGGAUACCUAGCGUUGCUGAAAAUUCCCCACCUUCUCACGGUCGUACAGUCUGAUGUUCGAAAAUUACACGUGUGAAAGAUUUCAAUAUGAUGAAGAGUUGUGGAAGUUAUUUGAAGACAUUAUUCGCUAGGAUCGGUUAUGUGAUGACAUUAGUUAUUUAGUUCACACAAUAUAGGUUAUUUUAAGUUGUGACACUAUAUUUUGGAUUAGUUUAUUUUAAGUUGUGACACUAUAUUUUGGAUUAGAACUUCUUUUGUUUGUUUAGAUUUAA